ACCACGUGUGACAACUUUGCGGCGUGAGCGAUCGCGGUUCUCAGGGUAGAAAGAAUGUCGAUAGCGGCCAAAGCCACUUUCAGCUUGUGUUGCGUCGUGUCCAUCGGAAUAAUAGGCUACGUGCAUUACAAGCAGUCGUACGACAGGCAGCAACUUCAUUUGGGUGUUGUGCGGGACAUUGAACGUCGAGAGCGUCGGAAAGCGGAAAAUGCCUAUAUCCUGCAGCAGCAGAUCGAAUUAACCAAGGAAUUGCGCAGAAAACAUACAGUUGGAGAGAACGAUAUGUAGCGUUAAACGGCGUCUCGCUCGAGUGUUGAAU